AAUAAAAAAGCAAAAUUCCGUUGUGAGUUUCCUCGAGAACACUGAACAUAUGGAAAAUUACGAUGUUGAGAAUUCUGCUCUUUAUCGCAAGUUACAAAGUAAAGUCGAGGCACUUAACAUCAUGCGAAACGAAUUGGAAAAGUCUCGCACGGAACGGGAUCAAUGGAAACUCAUGGCUGAGACAUUACAACUUCGAUAUUCGGCGAUAAAAAAUGUGCAGAACACAAAUACGAGUGUCGAUUACAGCGGAGGGUCUUCCGUAAGAGCACUUUUAACGCAAACCCAGCAAACGAACAUUCAUUUACAAACGGAAGUGGAUACCUUGAGACAACGUCUUUCGGAAUUGGAAGGCGACAUGACGUUACUUCGCAAGAGAAAUCGCGAUUUAGUGGCUCAGAACAGCAAAAAUGAGGCAUCUAAGCAAAAUGGCAGUCACGACGAGCGAUUAGAGGAAUGGAAUUUAGAAAAAUCAAAGCUAAUAGCACAAUUGGAGACACUAAAGAAGCAAAUUGCACAACUAAAAUACGACCUAAAAGGAGUUUUAGACGAAAAAGAGGAAGUUGUGACGGAACGGGAUGCGUAUAAAUGUAAAGCGCAUCGACUCAACUACGAGUUAAACACCGCCUUGAAGAACGAAGGACCUGAAGCGAAGAUUCUGGACUUGGAUGCACUCAUUUUAGAGAAUAAAUUGCUGCAGGAAAGACUGAAAAACGUUGAAGCGGAGUGUGACAUGGCCAAAAAUACGGCGGAAAAGUACAAAGGAAUUGUGGAAACAAAACGUAAAAAAGGAAUCAUGAAAUUCACAACUAACACUCCAGAUUUGAACUCACAAGUUCAACGUCUUAUUGAAACCUCUCAAAGCACAAAUGACAGCACGAUAGACGAUUUUAAAACCGAAUCAGUCACGGAAUUAAAGCAAAUCUGCUUAACUUUGCUUGAUAAUUUGAACGACAAGUCACUCGAACUAUCACAUCAACGGAAAGCUAACAAACUUCUUGCUGCAAAAAUCGCUGAUUUGCAACAACGUCUUACGGGACCAAAUGCAGAAAAAAGCCCCGCUUCAACAUUCAGUCCAUCCCAAAUCCUGCUCGGAGGAUAUUCUUCCGCACAAGUCGAUCUCGAGCACGAUGAAAAGCAAAAAUUUCAUAAAUUCAACUCGGAUCCCAUCACAUUGUCGCCCGCUGCAUCCAGUUGCUUCCUCCGAAAUAGCGCAGCAAGUGAGUCUACGAAGAGUAUGGCUUCCAGUAGCGAAUACGAGAAACAAAGUGCAAUGAGUGACGUAUCGUCGGAAUAUACAAUCGACACUGUGAACGAAACAAUCGCUUCUAACGAGGAAUGUAACGGCGAAAAAUUACAAGAACUUCCCAAAGAACUGCAAGAAAUGGUGCAAAGAGCGAUGAGUCUCGAAUAG